AAAGAGCAGAGCACGUUUCAACAACAGUAUUCCGCGCACAAACUCAACGUCGGGUCAAGGAGUACAGUUGGAUAAAUGAACACGUCCGCCUUGGACCCACCCGGAAUACGGGAUCGAUCAUUAUGAUGUCGUUCGACAUGGCAUUUGGAGUGUUCGACGCGAUAUCUAUUGUCCGACCAUAUGGCCGUCGAGAAAGACGCCGCAUCGGUUUUCAGCAUAUGGCUGGCUGAUAAUUUGAUUGUAUACCGUGUUUACGUUGUCUUGGGUCUAGAUUGUCGGCUCUACUGUUCUUCCAUUCUCGCUAUUUCUAGCAGAUAUAUGUUUGUCUCAUUGCUCCACUGAGACCAUAAAUUCUGACCACUCGCAGAGCCGUUGGAAUUGCACUACUGAUAACCACUGGCAAGCCUGGAUAAUACUUGGUGCACCAAAAUUCGUGGCCUUCAGCAAGUACUGCCUUUCGGUCGAUCUCUGUCUCGCUUAACAUCAGUUGCCGUCUGUCGAUUGCUAGAGCACUACUCCAUCAUGGCACUUGUUGCCGAGCCGGCCGCGGUGUACUCAAUGAACAGCCUAAUAUGAAUGACAGGAAUCUGCCUUUACAGUACCCUUUCGCGGCUUUGUUCUGCACCGCCUCGAU